UGUAUAAAUACGCCGGGUUGUCAAACAGUAAAGUUUCUGUGGAUCCUCCGUGCAAACUGUCAGUGGAAGGCAAACUGCAAACGUUGUCACCGGCCGAGAAUCGGGGCAGCUGCAAAAAGACAACAAUAACCUUAUUAUCUGCUCGACAUCUCAACGGGCCGCUCGACACACCCGCCUAGAAAUCGGGGAAUUAUAACAGGACGCCGCGGUGGACGUGAACCGGGCUUCGGUGAUGAGAGUUGUGACCGAACGCCCUCAUCACAUUUUGCUGAGGAAGGAAAAAGAAGCUAACACCCGCUGCCCCUGCCGUCAAGGUGCCUUUAACAUGGUGACACUGACAGAAUCAAACGCAUGUUAAUAAGCCAGAGGACAAAACUCCUUUUGCAGUUGCAUCACCUUCAGCACGUUCACGCUAAACGCCCGGCUCCCACCACGGCCCUGAGCAGGUGCAGCCAUGCAUCUAGAAGUGAAGGUUGCUCUCAACUUCAUUAUGUCCUACCUGUACAACAAGCUCCCCCGGCGCCGGGCCGACCUGUUCGGCGAGGAGCUGGAGAGGAUACUGGUGACUCGCUUUGAGGGUCACUGGUACCCUGAAGCCCCUCUCAGAGGUUCGGCCUUCCGCUGCUUACACCUGGGGGCGCCCAGGGACCCAGUCGUGGAGCUGGCUGCCAAGAGGAGCGGACUGGACACGGAGGAGGUGCGCGCGAACGUGCCCGCCGAGCUCAGCGUCUGGAUCGACCCCUACGAGGUGUCCUACCAGAUCGGGGAGAAGGGGGCCGUGAAGGUGCUCUACCUGGAAGACCCUCCAGGCCUGGGCUGCGACGCCGACCGAGCCGAUCACGUGAUCCAAGAGGUAACGGUGGAGGCUGAAGUAGAGGAGACGAGGAACGUGGGCUUCAACCCCGACGCCCAGGUGUUCGUCCCCAUCGGCAGCCAGGCCUCCCCCGCUCUCAUGCCGUCGCUCUCCAGCUCCCCCACGCCGCUGGCCGCCCAGCCCUGCCCCGGCCUCUUCAGCUACCCCAGCUCCAGCACGCCCACAGACCCCGCCGCCCACUCCUCCAACACCUCCACCCCGUCCCCUCCCAGCGGGGGGCUGCCCUACCUCCCCACACAGCCGCCGCCCGCGCUUCCCACGGCCCGCCCCCAGCCCAUCACCUUCACCACCGCCAGCUUUGCUGCCACUAAAUUUGUCACCAAGAUGAAGAAGUGCAGCGGCGCAGGAUCGGCGGCCGGCUCCGGCGUCGUCGUCCCACACGCCCAGAGGAUGCUCUCCCGCUCGCCGACCACCAUCUCUGCUCCCGAGCUUCUCAAGCACAAGGCCCUGUCGCUGUCCCUGCACUCCCUCGGCGGUCCCGUUCCCAGCCAGCUCCCCAAUGCCAAAGAGUUCGUGUUCCCAGGAUCCCCGGGCCCUCUCUACUUCGAGGCCGACCCCCAGCCCAUGCAGCCUCACGCCAGCCCCUUCCAGCCUCCCCACGCCGUCCCCACCCACCCGGCCUUUGACCCCUUCUCCAGCCCACCUCCGGCCCAGAGCGUGGGCAAUCAUUGGCAGCACGCUGGAAUCUCCUACAUGGAGAAGCCGCCGUAUGUUGAGGAUUUGGGAAGCUACAACCUGCAGUAUUCGAGCCAGUCCUUCCAGCCGGUGGUGCUGGCCAACUAAGCCUUCGUUAGCGAAAAAGGGCUGUAGGAGGAGCUGGGUGUGGGCAUUGAUGCACCACAUAUUUUCAGUUUUCUAUGAAUUUGUUCCAAUACUAAUAAAAGUUAAAUUUUAGUUUUCCUACAAAGAUUUGACCCACAGCAGUGAUUAUUAAGGUAUUGGUUUUGUACCUUGGUGACCUCCAACCAUCACCCUUUGUCCUUUGCUGUUUGUGUUGGCUUUGAGGUCACGUGGGGGUGAGACAUUGUCCGUCUUGAUUAUUUGCAUUGAAUGGUGCGGCGACAGACCCUUGGUUCCCCUCGUAGUCUAAUGGACCCGGCUCUAGCAUCGCCUCAUUUUGCACUGCACUGUCAUGAUGUGAAAAAGGAGCCAAGUCCUGCAGGGAGCGAUGGCUGUGGAAAGCUCAGCACUUUGCUCUGCAAUCUGCUCUGCCCUACUUGAGAAGGGGGGCUCUGCUGUCUGCGUGUCGCUCUGUUUGCUGGGGAUCAGCGUGAUCCACAGACCCGCUGUUUGUGCACCGGGGCCCUUUAUCCUUGAGAAUCACUCAUGCAAAGGCAGAAUCUGAAUGUUGUCAGUGGGUGUGCAGCGGAGGCAGUUUAUCAGCUGGGAUGUGAACAUGACAACGCUCCCAGUGAAGGGAGAGGAACGGACGGAGCCGCAGUAGGAGAACCUGCAUGGAAGGUCAGGGGAACCUUGGUGCCAUGAACGGCCAGGGUGUUUCAUGCAAGACGAUAACGCGCUGAUGCCUCCAAGUCACGGCGUUGAUGCGCAUUCAAAGACGGCGCGUGCACCAGUGCACACGCGUGUCCGCCUGGUUCGCGGCGUGUGAAGGUGAACAGGCGACGGGGGAGGGGACGCAGCGCUCAGCUGCAGGGAUUGUGAUAAAUGUUUAGCAUGACUUGGCUAUGAAGGAGAGGUUUUCCUCCGCCGCGUCUGGAGACAGAAGGAAAGUGGAGAGCAAAGCGGCUCGAGGUUCUGUUGCCUCUGUAGCUUCCAGGGUUAUUGGCUUAGGAGAGUGACACUUUAAAACCCAGAGCACGUUCCUGGUGAGCUUAAAUGCUAUUGAAGCCAAAGACUUGCAGUAUUCUGUCCCUCCGCUUGAAAUUCUUCAGUGAUCUCUGCUCGUUCUGCCUGCUACAAAGGGGAAACGCGCGCGUCGAGGGGUUCCGUCCUCCCAGUUUUAGCUUGUUGGAGGCGUUUGCAGCCGGGUCGUGUGACGUGAGCUGCCCUGCACUUAUGACCCGUCACCCACAGACAUGGGCACGCAACCGCUAGUUUAUGGCACGUCAUGCAGCUUUAAUGAGGUGGAUCCUGAAGGCACCACAGCGACGCCGCUGCUUCUGUCCGUUCCUUUUGAAUGUUCUCUACGUCCCUUCAGCGUUUCCAUGACGGCCGCUCGCGCUAGUGCCGUCGUGUCGCGCAUGCAGAUUUUAGUUUCUCGAUUUCUUGUUUUCUUCUAAGGGGACCGGUGGGAGGCAGACUCUGUAAAUGUUACCAAGUUGAGGGGAAAAAAAAGAUGCAUUUCUAUUUUGUUAUUGUAAUUUAUUUCAAUAUUUCUAUAUUUUUGUUUUGGCAAAGUAUCACUUACAUUUGUACGAGUAAGCAGUCCAGGAAUAUGUAUAUAAAAUGUUCUUACGUUCAUAUUCUUUGUUUAGUUCUUACAUGCCGAGGUUUAUUUUUCAGAAAAUAACAUGAAUAUAUGCAAACUGAGUCAAUAAAAUAAAGAUGUACAGAAUAAAGUAUUGAAUGUGUAU